GGCUGUAAUUACCAAUGAACCCGUUAACUUAACGCUGGUUAACUUCUCGGCGCAGAUGUAGCGUCUUCGUCUCAACCCACCGAAGCGGCUGUUAAUCCGAGUCUUCUGCAAUCUGACCGAUCGGGUUAUGUAUUCCCCCCCCCCCCUCCCCAUCCUAUCCCCCGCCCCCGUGGUGUUCCUGGCGUUGUCAGUAAGGAAUGAGCAUGGGAACGGAAGUCCCGUUGUGUCAAAGGAGGAGUUGUGGUUUUGCGGGGUGUGAAUCUCAGUGUCAUGAGAAAGGAUCGGCGAUAAAAGGACUCUUCUGAGAUCGCCGCAAGUCGCAGAGACACACCACGCUUAACACGCACGUACGGUUACGCUCACGGGUCUGAUCGAUGGAGUGUUGUCAUGUCUCAAUAAAUGUGAAGGUAAUUCAUUGCUGCACUUGACUGAGUUGACAUCCUCCUGAUCAAAAAAAAAGAUGAUGUUUACUGACAAAAACAGCACUACAGUCCCUCAGAAGCCUGGCCAGAAGAAGACAAGGCCGCAGGGUCUACCGUCUCCCGCUCUGUGUUGUGCCUGUGGCCUCUGCAUCAUGUUGGCAGGGAUCAACAUUACUCUUGUGGGGGCCUUCGCCUUCGGCACCUUCUUGCCAGUGAACAAUCCCCCCAUUAUCAUCGGGCCUAUUCUGCUGGUGGUUGCUUUCACCUUUUUUGCGGCCUGCUGUAUCUGCAGUCGGAGACCUCCCGCUCAUGGUCAGAGGAAGUCCAAGCCUGGUUCCAAUAUUGGCAUCAUCAAGCCUGGUCACGGUACGUUCGAGAUUGAGACGAGUGAGCAUACGGUGCAAGAUACAACUGCAGUCCAGCUCAGUCCGACAAACUCACCGGUGUCUUCUAAGAAAUCUACCCCAGUCCAUGAAAACUCAAAGACAUGUAAACUCUUUACUAUGGAUGGCAACAAUCCUGGAGCCAAGUAUACACCUGGAACUGAGGCAAUACAACUGAACCUACCCCAGGACUUGGAUUCAUCCUCAUAGAACUGGAUUGAGC